AAUCCACGAAGAGGCGAAACCGCUUGGAACGGUCAAGUCUAAGUUGGCGCAACAGUUGCCUUUCACUUUCAGACGCGUCGGGGUGAAAAAAGUCCUGGAAAAUACAAGAUCCAUUCGAAUCGUCGCUUCAUGCUAUAGAGCAAACCGAAUCCUUUAAAAGUUCCCAAAAUGAACGAAACUGCUUUGGAGUUCAAUGCGAUUGAGGAGCUAGUGUCCGUUGUGGUUCCCGUCUUCUUCGGGAUGAUUGCCGUGACGGGAUUAUUCGGGAACUCUUUGGUAAUUCUCGUAGUGAUUGCAAAUCCUCAAAUGCGUUCCACCACAAAUCUGUUGAUAGUGAACUUAGCCGUUGCAGAUUUGCUGUUUGUAAUAUUUUGCAUUCCGUUUACGGCCACAGAUUACGUGUUGUCCCAAUGGCCGUUUGGUGAUACUUGGUGCAAAUGUGUUCAAUAUUUGAUAGUGCUUUUCGCGCACGCCAGCAUAUAUACCUUAGUUUUGAUGUCCCUCGAUCGCUAUUUGGCUGUUGUGCAUCCUAUUCGGAGCAGGAGUAUAAGGACGGAAAAGUAUACAAGGAUGGCUAUCACGAUUCUGUGGGUUGUGAUUUGUACCGCAUUCUCACCGAUAGCAUUCAUGCAUGGGCUUGAUUACUGUGAUUCCACGGAGGACACAUUAUGUUGCAGAUUCUUGUACACCACAUACCCCAUGGCAACAUUUCAUAUAACAUUUAUGGCAACUUCAUUCAUAGUGCCAUUAGUCCUAAUUAGCGGACUUUACAUACGAAUGAUAAUCCGAUUAUGGACAACUGUAGUUGGUAACAAGCUGUCAACUGAAUCACAAAAAGGACGAAAAAGGGUUACGAGGCUUGUCGUUGUAGUGGUGGUAGCUUUCGCUUCAUUAUGGUUCCCAAUCCAGGUUAUUCUAGUUUUGAAGAGCGUUGACAUGUACAGUAUGGACUCCACUUUCAAAGUGCUCCUUCAGAUAUUUUCGCAGACCUUAGCGUACACAAGUGCCUGUAUCAAUCCUUUAUUGUAUGCGUUCCUAUCAGAAAAUUUUCGCAAGGCAUUCCGAAAAGCGAUACCUUGCUUUACAAAAUAUCAUGGAUAUCGAAGUGGAUGUCAGGAUCUACCGCGGAGAUCAUCGGCUGGAAUAAAUUGUACGACGUCUAUCUAAUCUGAAUUAAUCCCCAUGACACAUGUCUCGAUUGUGUGUUAUCCAUUACCUCAAUAGCAUUCUGAAAUAAAUUAGAAUUUGUAUAAUAUAAUGCAGGGAAGGGUGCAAUCGCCGCUAGCAAAAUAAGGAACCAGAUAAAUUGCUAAUGCAUGUAAUUAAUUAGUUGGUUUCUGAUCGGUGGAUUUAUUGAUUAAGCGAGCUUGCCACCAUUUGCCAUUUUAUUAGAACGAUCAGGAGUUUUUGGUCUUUCGUUUAUGUUAUGUUUUUGAUUUUUACGUUUUUAUAUACCUACAUAUGGUGUAGAAUAAUUAUCAAUGUUUCUCGUUAUGUGAGAUAAGGAAAACGUGGAGUUAACAUGUAUGUAGGCUUGUGUGGAAUCGAAUAUCGAACGAAAGGUAUUAGUUCAUCUUUUAUGAUUGCGAUAUUUUACUUAGUAUACCUACAAAUAUUAAUUUAUGAGAUUAGUGUACAUUUGCGUGAUAAUCCAUUUGUGCCUGAAGAGAAAGGUAUGUAAAUUGAUUAGACUAUACAUUGGUGUUCCUAAUUUAUAAAUUUUUUCUAAUAAAAACGAAA